AUGUCUGCGUUCUAUAGAUUCACUCCUAGCGUUAAAACGCUUUUAAGAGCUUCCCAGUUUCAAUUGAGAUGCUAUGCAUCCUACCCUUCUCAUACUCUUAUCAAUAUGCCUGCUUUAUCUCCAACAAUGACAGAAGGUAAUUUGGCAGUUUGGACCAAAAAAGUUGGUGACCAAUUGGCUCCUGGUGAGGUGAUCGCUGAGAUUGAGACGGAUAAGGCUCAAAUGGACUUUGAGUUCCAAGAAGAAGGGUAUCUAGCUAAGAUUUUGGUUCCUGAGGGUACUAAGGACAUUCCGGUUAAUAAGCCAAUUGCCGUUUAUGUGGAAGAUGAGGCUGAUGUGGCAGCUUUCAAAGACUUCAAGGUCGAGGAAGCCGCUCCAGCUCCGGCUGCCGGUGAAUCUAAGCCAGCUGCUACUUCUGCUGCUCCUGCUGAGAAGUCAUCUACUGCUUCUCAACCAAAGAAAUCUGCUGCUCCAGUUUCCAACAGGAUUAUCGCUUCUCCUUUGGCCAAGACUAUUGCAUUGGAGAAGGGUAUUGCUUUGAGAGAAAUUACCGGUACUGGUCAAGGUGGCCGUAUUACCCAAAAGGAUGUCGAGAACUACUUGGCUAAGCAAGGCAGCAGCAAAUCUGCUGGUAAGGCAGCAGCUUCAUCAUCUGGUAAUGUCUCCUACGAAGACGUCCCAAUUACCGGCUUAAGAAAGGUCAUUGCUUCUAGACUAUUGAAAUCUACUCAAGACAUUCCUUCCUACAUUGUUAGCUCAAACAUCUCUGUUUCCAAGCUAUGGAAGUUGCGUGCUUCUUUGAACAGCUCCAGUGACGGUAAGUUCAAGCUAUCUCUCAACGACUUGUUGAUUAAGGCUCUUGCUGUUGCUGCCAAGAGAGUACCACAAGUUAACUCUUACUGGAUGGAAGAGCAAGGUGUUAUGAGAAUCUUCAAGAACGUGGACGUCUCUGUUGCCGUUGCCACCGAUAACGGUUUGUACACUCCUAUUGUGAAGAACGCUGAAUCCAAGGGCUUAACCGCUAUCUCUGCUGAAGUGAAGGACUUCGUGGGCCGUAUUGAAAAAUUGUCUCCAGAAGAAUACCAGGGCGGUACUAUCUGUAUUUCUAACUUGGGGAUGAACAACGCUGUUACUAUGUUCACUUCCAUUAUCAAUCCUCCACAAUCAACUAUCAUUGCUGUCAGUACUGUCAACAAGGUUGCUGUUGAAGAUUCUAGCAGUGAAAAGGGCUUUACAUUUGACCAAAGAAUUAACAUCACCGGUACUUUUGACCACAGAACUGUUGACGGUGCAAAGGCUGCUGAAUUCAUGAAAGAAUUGAAGAACGUUAUUGAGAACCCCUUGGAGCUACUGUUGUAA